CAGACCCCCACUUUGCUUCUGCGACUUCUUUCUUCCCCGCAUCUGCAAUUCCUCUUUCUGCUCUCGGCCUCACGCUGCGUCUCUCAAGAAAAUCACACCUCUUCUUAAAGGUCAAGUGAAGUGAGAUUUGAUGGGGAAGAAAUCCAAAAACAAGAGAUUGGCAGGCUCUUCAUCUGGGGAAGCCCCUCCUUCCAAAAAACAGAAGAUCUCCAGGCAAGCAGAGCCACAGCCAGAGCCCCAACCAAUCAUGGUUGACUAUGCACAAAUGCCUCUGAAUCACAAAAAGAAAUUCUUCAUUUAUGAUGAUUGCGGGAGUAUGCACAAAUAUAUAGGGAUUAUAAGCUGGUUAAGGUCUAUGGGAUGCUUUAGUGGUACUGUGUUCCAUGGGAUCGAGAAUCUUAAUUGGGUUGAUGGACAAGAGUAUCCGUUAGUGGAAAUAGAGGUUGAAACUCCAAGUGGCAACUCAGCCAAGUUCAUUAUUUCUAAGAAUGAUCUUUACGUGAUUGCUUUUUAUGCUCAGAGAUGGUUUCAGUUUUCAAGAUGUGGUUUUAAGAUUAGUGAUGGUGGUGGGGAAAACUUCACUAAUCUAGGGAAAUCUUUUACCGGGGCUUAUACUAGUGAGCCAUGACAAUAUGUUGGGCCUAAGCAAAAUUCUGUGGAUUUUCUUGCGUUGCAACCUGUCACUAAAGAUAUGUCGUUAUUUGUCCAGUCAUGUGAGGUUUUUUAUGUUCAUUUGUGUGAGGCUGCUAGAUUGUGUCCGAUUGAGUCACUGAUAUGCCAAACUCUAGCACCUCCUGUUGCUCCCCGGAUGUUUAGCAAACGAACAUUUGAGGAUGAAGAGAAACUUCUUCUUGGAACCGGGAUUGGUGUUGAUGCUGAUGUGUACUCUCUGGUUAAAGCGAAUGGGCCGAUAAACUUCAAUGAAAAUAAGCGGAUUCCAGAUUUCAUUAGAGAGUUGAUAAAAAAGUAUAGCAACUUGUGUAAGGUCUGGUAUUUGUAUUCAUUGACUGACAAUAAGUGUUAUGAGAUGAGGCCUCAAGAUGUUUUGAGAUAUCAUAUGAGAUCCGUAAAGAGUCUGCGCUGCACUCUUGGUGUGUUGUGCAACACCAAUUUAAACAAACUCUUAGAGGAAUGGGAAAGAAAGUCUUUAACUCAUCCGGUGGUCACCCGUGCUGUCUACAAGGAGAUGGAAGGCCGAGUUCAUGAGCUACAACAACAGGCCAAAGUUUUUGUGCCAAAUGCCAAAUAACCAAUGAUUUUGAAGCUUAGCUUUUGAGCUCUCUCGAGAGAUUUGGAGGAGGAUGAAUGUGAGCGAAGAAGAGUAUUAUGAACUGAGGUGGCAUUACUAGAAAAAUAUUUCCACCUUUUUUGAGAUUCUGUUGGAAUAUCUUUUGGCCUUUUGAUGGAAUUGUUACUGCAAACUUCUCUAAUUUACCUGUAAUACUUGGUUCAAACAGAAAUGAUGUUAAAAGUACACAAGUGUUUUUUUAUGCUUUAUGGAUUACCAGCUUACCACC